AUGCGACCGGCGAGGCUAAGCGCCCGGCUGCCCGCGCUGCUGCUGCUGGCGCUGGUCCUGUCGCCGCGCGGGACCCAGGGGAGGCCCGGGGGCCGCAGGGGCGCGCGCGUCGCGGGCGAGGAGCCGAAGCCCUGGCUGUCCCUCCCCGCGGCCUCCCGGAGCGCAGGUAAGCAGCCCCGCGGGAGCAGGCAGUCAGAAAUAUUCCCAAGAGAUUUGAACUUAAAAGACAAAUUCAUAAAGCAUUUCACAGGGCCGGUCACGUUUUCAGCCGAGUGUAGCAAACAUUUCCACAGGCUCUACCACAACACCAGGGACUGCUCAACGCCAGCUUAUUACAAAAGAUGUGCUAGAUUGCUCAAAAGAUUAGCAGUGAGUCCUCUGUGCUCACAGGCAUAGAAGACCUACGUGUAUUUCUUAAGAAUGUAAAUCUAAUUCGAAGGAAAAAUAGUACCUGGAAUCGUACUAACUGUAAAAAAGAGAUAAACUUCUAAUUUUAUGGUGUAUUAAGAUGAGUAAAAUAAGAGACUUCUCAGAAAUAACUGUUGAGCUGUGUCCUAGCAUAGGAUGCGAUCUUCCUUGGUUUAUUUUGGUGUAUAUAGUAAUUUGAAAUUUUUUAAUACAAAGUUUAAUUCACAUAUUGCAAAUAGAAUAUUAAAAUUUAUGCUAUUCUACUUUAUUUUUGCUAUAUAUAUUAUUUUCUUGUAUGGUUAACAUUCCAUAGAUGUAGGAAUUAUAUAUUUAAUUAUGUAAAUUAUGUCUGAGCAUGCCAAAGAGAAAUGAUAUUUUCGAUAUGAUUUUUUGUAACAUGUUUGUUGAAUAAUCAUGUACAAGGUCCCCUUUUAUAAUUCUAAUUUAAUAAUAUUUAAUACAUUUAUUCAGAAUUUGUUACUUUUAUUUGCAUUCAUCUGAAACGUGAAUUUUGUUCAAACUGAAAUAUGAAAAAUCUGUGUUUUCUUGAAUUAAAGACAUUUGUAGCAGAGCUCAUACUAUUGAAAUAAGAUUACCAUAUAUGUAUACAUGUGUAAAUAUUCAUUUUCUGAACUGAUAGCUGAGAUCCUGAGACCAUUUAUGUCUUUUUGAACUUGGAGCAUAUGGUAUUGCUACCUUAAAUAAGAAAAAGUCCAAAUGAACUUGGUGAGGAGAAGAAUGUGUGGGCACCUGGGAGCUCUGUUUAGAAAAUAACAAAACGCCUGAUGCAUUUAAUCAGUUUCAUUUAAAAACAAUGAUGUAAAAAUGAGAAACCUAAACAAAAUAAGAGGAAACCCCACCCUUUUAGAGGUCCUCGUGCAUGACCCCGUGCAGGCUAAGAACUGCCGACUUAACUGACUGGAGCCUGGAGAUCUACGGAUAGUGUGAGAUGCAGAAAGGCCUCAGACAGCCCCGGGGAGCAGCCUCUGGAGGAUGGAGAUGCCGGUGAUGCUAUGGCCGUGCACAGAACUCCAUUUUGCUUAACCCAGUGGAUCUUUUCCAAGUGUCAAGACAAAGACCAGAUGACUAAACACCUUCUGUCAACAUUGGAAACCAACCACAAUCUCGGCAAAUCAACAUUUAUUACUGAUUUACAGAAACUGGCAUUUCUCCAUUAGCUGUUUGAUUUAUUUAAUCCUCAUGUGAUCCCGUGCGAUGGAUAUGAACUCACUGACAAAAGUACACAGAGAAAGAGGAACUGUGUGGAAAGGCAGGUGGGAACAGGCAAUUUCAGCCUUUCUGGAGCUAUGCGGCGGAGUCUUUCUCGCCUUUGAAGCUCUGGGAGAGAAGAUGGUAGUUGUGUUCAAUCCUGUGGCAUGUUCCUCGUUCAAGGCACGCUCAGGGCCACCAGCGUUGCUGUGGGAAAGGCGAAUCCCUGGGAUGCGAGGCUUGUGAAAAGCAAAACAUCUUCGCAGAGAAUUUUCCAUGUUAAUCUGAGUAGCCUUUUUUAUCGUCACGCUGUAACGCAAGGAUAGAAUGGAGGCGUUCAGAGCAAGAAGCCAGGACGUUUGGGGUCGAGACUGUUACUAACAAGCUCAGCAGGUCACGCCCCUCGCAGGGGUGGGAGACGGAGAUUUCCUGCUGGUGCAUCACCUCUUCAAGGACACAGGCACCACUUCUUUUGCUCUCCUGCCAAGUAACUACAUCAGUGUUUCAUACUAAUAGCUGCUCAAUCCGUUUUCUAACAAUCAUAAUACAAAAUGACAUUAUAUAUGUUAUACAAUAAUAUAACAACAGUAAUACAUGGUUAAUAGCUGCU